AUGCCCAGUCCACCGAAGCCUUGGGAAACAGCAGGAGCAACUGGUACUGCAUCUUCACUAUCAUCACCAAUGGCAUCUACGUCUCCCUCAACAGAGGAUGCUGCAGCCUCAUCGCUCGGUGCGCCAGAUCUGCCAUCGCGUCCCUCGACUUUGGCGACGGGUAGCGCAUUAACAACGACAUCUCCAUACGGAGCAUCCUCAUACGGAUCAAGAUAUGGAUCAGGGUAUGGCGGAAUGGGAUCGUAUGGGUCGUACGGUGGUAUGGGAUCAUACGGCGGCGGAAUGGGUGGCUACGGCUCACGAUACGGUGGAAUGGGCUCCUACGGAGGCUAUGGCGGAAUGGGCGGAAUGGGCAGCAUGGGCAGCAUGGGUGGCUACGGUAUGGGCGGCGGCUAUGGGGCAGGGAUGGACCCCAACGACCCCAACUCCUCCCUAACCCGACGAAUGGAAAACAGCACCAUGGCAACCUUCCAAAUGAUUGAAUCCAUCGUGGGCGCAGUAGGCGGUUUCGCACAGAUGUUGGAGAGUACGUACAUGGCUACCCAGAGCUCGUUCUUCGCGAUGGUCAGCGUUGCGGAGCAAUUCGGGAAUCUGAGGCAGAGUUUGGGGAGUGUGUUGGGAGUUUUCACGAUGAUUAGGUGGUGUAAAGUGCUCCUCGCCAAAUUGACCGGUCGACCCAUCCCACUCGACGCGAGUGGCUUGAACCCAGCUGGAUUCGCUGCGUUCGAGGCCGGCGGAGGCAAUGAUGUCGCCCGCCCAAAACCCAGCAAGAAACCCUUCAUCUUCUUCAUCAUCGCCGUCUUCGGCCUCCCCUACCUCAUGACAAAAUUAGUCCGCCUCCUCUCCGCCCGCGCUGCCGCCCUCGAACGAUCCCAGAACGCCUCUGCUGGCAUCGCCGUUGACCCCUCCAAACUCGAAUUCUGCCGCGCAGUAUACGAUUUCAAACCACAAGAUCCUAACGUGGAACUCGAACUCAAAAAGGGGGAUAUCGUUGCGAUCAUAAGUAAGACGGACCCGAUGGGGAAUGAGAGUAGUUGGUGGAGGGGACGGUUGAGGGAUGGGAGGGUUGGGUAUUUCCCGAGUAAUUAUGUGGAUAAAGAUCACCCCGGACAUUACCCAGAUCAUACUCAGAUAUCAUCCUUAUCCCCUCCCUCCUCAUCCACCUCAUUAUCCACCUCAUCCUCAAUAUCAGAUUCAUCGUCUCCCAGGACCUCCUCCUCGUCACUCUUCCUCCUCACUCCAUGA